UUGUCCAAUAACGGCAAUCUUUCUUUUGCUGACGUGUCUGCCGGGAAUCUUGGUACUUACGGAGAGAGAGCCAUUGCUCUAGCAGUCAAGGAGAUGGUGAGAUACGGACUGUUCCUCGGGACUUUUGCCGGCACGUUUGUCUCCGUAGACGAGAUAAUUACUGCCUUGGGAGGUCAUCGGAGGCAAGUAUUGCUCUCUACUUCUCCCCAGCUCUCACGGACUGGGAAAUGGAGAGCUCUUUGCUGCAGGAUUGGUUGCGGGGCCAUCCAUACUGAUGCGCGCUGCUGUGUUGGCUUCCCGCUGUGGGAUCAAGAGCAAGCGGGUUGGCAGAAUCUGGAAGCCUCUUACUUGGAAGCACGGCGACAUAUUUCUAAUGUGCCUCUCCUCUUCGCAAAUCUUGUAAGUUUACUCAUUGGAGUUUCUAAGUUGUUAGCUGAAUGA